AGGCAGAGGCGGUGAUCAAACUCCGCUCGGAUCUCUUCGCGCCGGUCGCCCUUUCUCUCCACCACCCGCCCCCCUCCUCGCCCCGCCGCUCUCUGCGGUACUUUCUCUAAAGGUCGCUGCAGGGGAAGCGGACGGACGGCGCUGCCUUUCCCGCCGGAUCCUCUGCGCAGUUUGCAUCUUCUGGUCCAGGACCCGAGGAAAGCGGAUGCUCGGCCAAGCGCGGGGCUGUCCCGGGACGUCUGGCGAGCUCUCCUCGGAAAACGUGAUGAUACGAUGAGGUUGAAGGCUGGGCUGGGAAAGUCAUCCUUUGAUUCAGUUCGGACACAUCAGUGACGAAGCCCCCAGCCUGCGGUGUGUCCCUUUGCCAUGGCUAAGAGCGCGGAGGUAAAACUGGCCAUCUUUGGCCGAGCUGGAGUAGGAAAGUCAGCUCUCGUUGUACGUUUCCUGACCAAGCGGUUCAUAUGGGAGUAUGACCCCACUCUUGAGUCCACUUAUCGUCAUCAAGCCACCAUUGAUGAUGAAGUUGUUUCCAUGGAAAUACUAGAUACAGCUGGGCAGGAAGAUGUUAUUCAGAAGGAAGGACACGUACGAUGGGGUGAAGGAUUCGUGCUGGUUUAUGACAUCACAGAUAGAGGCAGCUUUGAAGAAGUCCUUCCCCUAAAGAACUUGUUGGAUGAAGUCAAAAAACCCAAGAACGUUACUUUGAUCCUAGUGGGGAACAAAGCAGACUUGGAUCACUCCAGGCAGGUCAGCACUGAGGAAGGGGAGAAGCUGGCCACGGAACUAGCUUGCGCCUUUUACGAAUGCUCUGCGUGUACAGGAGAAGGCAACAUUAUGGAAGCUUUUUAUGAGCUUUGCCGGGAAGUACGACGUCGGAAAAUGGUUCAAGGCAAGACUCGGAGGCGAAGUUCCACUACUCAUGUGAAGCAAGCAAUUAACAAGAUGCUUACCAAAAUCAGCAGCUAAAAUCUCUUCUUUUUUCCUUUUAAAAGCAGUGUAUUUUGCAAGAAGGAGGGACGGAAGGUUUAAUUGUGUUUGUCAGUAGGAUGCUCAAAGCUUUGCAUUUAUUAUUACUAUUAUUAUACAAUCACCUCAUUAUUCUUAAAGUUAAGAGAUGCAAAAAAAAAAAGAAGUUUCAGGAAUGAUAAUACAUGCUCUACUCCAGUUUUGUUGAUCACCAAAUCAUAUCUUCAAAAAAAAAAAUAUGUUGAAGAUGUGUCAGAAUGGAUUCAGAAAUUUACCCAUCACCGUUGGUUUUGCAUGCUCACAUGUGGCUAAUACAUGGUGGCUUAUCAUUGUUUAAGAGGAGACUGACUAUAUAAGCUUUAUAGGGUGCAGUAGAUGACUAACUCUGGUAAAUGCACCACUACAUUCACUUCAUAAUCCCUGGACAUGAGACAUCCAAAGAAAAUGAACAUUGCCACACACACACAGGGCCUCUGGUGGCUCAACAGACUAAUGCAGUCUGUUAUUAACAGCAGCUGCUUGCAAUUACUGCAGGUUCAAGUCCCACCAGGUCCAAGGUUGACUCAGCCUUCCAUCCUUUAUAAGGUAGGUAAAAUGAGGACCCAGAUUGUUGGGGGCAAUAAGUUGACUUUGUAUAUAAUAUACAAAUGGAUGAAGACUAUUGCUUGACAUAUUGUAAGCCGCCCUGAGUCUUCGGAGAAGGGCGGGAUAUAAAUUCAAAUAAAAAAAAAAAACUUCAUCUAGUUCAAAUGUCCAAGCAAGAAAAAAAAUGUGUUAAUGAUGGCUGUGUGAAUGGGUGAAUUUCAAUUUCACUUAAGUUUGCCUUUUUUAAACCUUACAUUCAUUUCCUUCUACAUCUGCAUUAAUUUGCAAUUUUAAAGGGAAAAAAGUGCAUUAUUUCAGACACCUUUUUGGAGAAACUUUUCUUAAUAGAUAUAAUUUUAGAUGGCAUUUAUACAAUUUCUGUGCAAUUUCCCCCCCAGUUUUUUUUAAAAAUCAUCUGAUAUAAAUACUUGACAUGUAUUUUUCAGUUGAAACUAUAGUAUAGUUGUAAGAAUGCAUUUGGGGAAGUAAGUAUGCAUUUCACAACUGCCAUCACUUUAGAGCACCGUUAAAAAAAUGAACAUAAGUCCCAAUGAAAGCAAUAUUCUUUUGAUUGGCCUGUCUUCUCAAUCUGAACGUGUUUCAAAAAUAAAAUCCUAAAAUGUAAAAUAUAAAUGUAUGUAUGAAGAUGAAAUAAUGGUUUACCUAGCAACUUUUCUCCAAAAGGAAAAUGCAAUCAACUGGAUUUUUAAAAACAGUUUUGUAUACUUUAUGAUUCUCCCAAUUAAGCAUUGUGCAAAGAUCCUGGCUGAGUUCACAUGGCGCACAUACCCUUGGUUAACUUAACUGUGGUUUCAUUCAUUCCUAGAACUUGAAAGGGGACAUUGAGUUCAUUGGGCCUAUUUUACCCUACCCGAAUGAAAGUACGAUGGCUUACGUUCUGCUUGAACACAUUGGGAAAAGAUCUCACUGUCUCUGUGGACAAGUAUAAACUUAAUUUGAAUUAUUUAUCCGCUUUUCUAGGGUUGCUUGAUGUUGAACCACAAACUACGCUGCCCCAGUAUUGCUAGCCUAACAUCUACUCAAGUAGAUCACCGUGCAGUGUGCUAUGUACAUUCAACGCAUUCUAAGCGAAUUCUAGGCAAGGUACAAGGGACACAGUGGCUCAGUGGAUAAGAUACUGAGCUUGUUGAUAGAAAGUUCGGCAGUUCAGCGGUUCGAAUCCCUAGUGCCGUGUAAUGGGGUGAGCUCCCAUUACUUGUCCCAGCUUCUGCCAACCUAGCAGUUCGAAAGCACGUAAAAAAUGCAAGUAUAAAAAAUAGGGACCACCUUUGGUGGGAAGGUAACAGCGUUCCGUGCACCUUUGGCAUUUAGUCAUGCCGGCCACAUGACCACGGAGACGUCUUCGGACGGCGCUGGCUCUUCGGCUUUGAAACGGAGAUGAGCACCGCUCCCUAGAGUCGGGAACGCCUAGCACGUAUGUGCGAGGGGAACCUUUACCUUUACCUUUAGGCAAGGUGCAAAAUCUAUUUCAUAGAAUUGCAUUUGCACCACCUCUUCAAAUCUUUCUUUACCCAUAAAAAUCCAUUGGUUACCCUUUGGCUGUUCUUUUUCCCACUGCCUCAUUCCAAUGAAUCUUGCAAGAUUGUUGUAAGCUUGCAAGAGUUAACUGAUUGGAAAGCAAUUUUGAAGGACUGUGGAGAAAAGUGGCUGCUUUUAAUUUUCUGUGGGUCCUUAUAUCCUCCAACAAAAGGGAAAUAUUUCUAUUCCUCCUUUUGCCUGAUUUGCUAAUUCUUGUGGUUUUUUUUUUAAAUGGUGUGACAUAAGGGUGCUGUAAUGUAAAAGAAGAAAAUGACAGUCGCAGAUGCUUUUUUUGGGCAGGUGGAGGUAUUGACAGUACCAGAUAAGUGACAUUUGAACCAAUACAAUCCAUUACCUUUCAUGAUUAGGCAUCACAAAAACGGCGGCAGGCAGCCAAACGGGAAACGACUUGGAACCCCUGUUAUCUUUCAUUUGGGCUGUAAUGAUUAUUAUCCACGUUAUUUUUCUUUUGUUGGUUUUGGGGAAUGAGGGCUAUUGAGCAAGCUUUACGUUUCUUGACUUGUCUUUGCAUCGAUGAGAAGGGAACCUAGAUUUUUCCUUGCAGAAAGAUGUGGAGGCUUUGAAGCUGACUUGGCUUUGAACGGCUUAAGCUUUGAACAAUGCAUCUUUAAGGGAAAACAUUUGUAAACUAGAGGGGCUUGAAUAGAACCAAAGUUCUUGGGCAUUUGACAUAGCUGACUUUAUUUUUCUUUUCAAAUGUUAAUCUAUAAUAAA